UUUUUCUUCUCUACCAUUUCCAACAAAGCAGGGGAAAAAAGUCAGUCUUAGAAGAAGGAGACCGUCAGAGAGUUAUAAGCAGCUUUGCUUCCCGUGCUAUUGAGGCUCACAAGCAAUCUAGUAUCAAUGGAUCACUGAACAAUAACCUGCCCAAAUCUUCGAGUAACAUUACUUUCUUAUCUGAUGAGAACCCAUUAACUACUCAAAACCCAUUGUACAUGGAAGGUCUCACUCAAAGUCCUGCUGCUGCUGGGUUUCUACGGAGGAGAAAUGAUACUCUAGAUACUCUUUCUCCUUCAAGACUAGUGUUGAGAGAUGCCUCUUUGGGAGGCAGCCACCGUGCAUGGACGGUACCAACUCACCUCGCUAGGAGACAUGGGCCUGGUUCUCUGAGCAGGCCAGUUAUCAUGGACCCCAUUCAGUGGCAACAGGAGAGACUCAAAGCCAAGAAGGAAGGACCUGCAAAUCAGGAUAGCAGUGUUGAUGUUAGCAGUCCUCUCUUUCAAAAACUAAGUGGCCCCAAGCUAACUGUAAAAGAGAAGGCAAGACAGUUUGAGCAGCAGGCACUGCAGGAGAUGAAGCAAGUGAAGUCUCCCGAUGUGAAAUCCGCCCGGUCACCAACACACAGCAUCAGCGUCCAAGAAGCAGAGAACAUGCUAGAGCAGUCUCCUAAAAGUGUGGUUGCUUCUCCUCGCCUUCGCUCUUCUCCGCGGGCCUCUCCAACACCUUGUGCUGAAGUAGCUGAACCAGAGGCCUCCAUGGUGCCCUCUGUAAUCAUCACCCACCACGACUAUCCUGAUGAACAUUCUCCUCCACCGACUCGCAAACCAACUCCUCCGUCUUCUAGGCUAAAGAAACCAGUUUGCCAAAGUUUUCUAACUCCUCAGACCAAAGAAGUUGUACAAAGCAUUCCAGAUCCACCUAAAACACCCCCACCCCCACCUCCACAGCUGCCACCUCCACUGCCACCACCUCCAUCCCCUCCUCAGUUGCCGCCACAUCCUCUGCCCACGGUUCCUCUUCCUUCUUCUUCUACUUCUUCUCCAUCUCCUCUUAGCACCAAGCUUCCCUCCCCUGCCAAGCAUUCCCAGUCCCCUGCCAAACAGCCAGCUGUACCACCAUCAGAGCCUCCUCCCCGCAGGGAGCUCAAAGGGAUUCUUAAGAACAUUCAGAACUUAGCAGCCAUCGAAAAGUCUGUGGCCAACAUGUACAGCCAAAUAGACAAAAACCACAUGCUGCCCAAGCACGUGGCUAAGCCCAAACCUGCCGCCCCUCCGGAGCCGCCAACUCCAGAAGCUGCAGCUGAGCACAACCAGCAGAACGGCAACUUGAGCUGUGUUGUGGAGGAGCUCGAGAAACGCUUUCCCUCCCAGUCCACAGCACUGUAAUCCUCAUGGUUUUCUGCAUGUGACCUUUUGAGUGGGAUGACUCUAAUGCAGCACAUGGUAUCUGCCUCAGACUCU